AUGUCUUAUCGUGACUUAAGAGAUACAACAGAAAUUUUAAGAUCUCUAGGUUUUCCAAGAUUAGUAUCUAUAGAUAAUUUUCGUAAUCCAAAUUUUUCAUUAUUAGCAGAAAUAUUAGAAUGGUUAGUCUUAAAGUUUGAUGGUGAUAUUAAGAUAAAAACAAACCUUGAACAUGAAAGUGAUAGAAUAUUAUUUAUAAAGCAAUGUGUUAUAAUUUUAUUACAAAAAGCUAGAAUAAAAAUGAAUCCUCGUAAUUUAUAUCAGGCAAAUGGUUUGGCAAUCAAAGAAAUUAUGCCGGCAUUACGACUCUUAUACAAUCCAAUAAAAAGUAUUAAUGAUUCUGGAAAAAAUAAUGAAGAAUUAGGUAGAUUAACAGAGAUUAGGUCAAAGAUUAAUUCAAGUAAAAAAGAGGUUCAAAAAUGUAAUAUAUUAGCUGCUGAGAUACCACAAUCUGGAGCAACAUUAUAUGACAUUUUAGGAAAAGAAGUUGAUUUAAAAAAACAUAGAAGUUAUAUUUUAUCACAAAAUUUAAGUGUUCCUGAAGUUAAUAAAAUUAUUAAAAAUUUAAUUGAUAAAAAUGAAAAAGAAAUUGAAGAUUUAUCUAUUAAAAUGUCUAAUAUAUCUAAUGAUGAAGAAAGUUUAGAUUAUAAAAUUGAGAAAAAAAAAAGAGAACAUGAAUUAUUAGAAAAAAGAUUAGCAAAAUUACAAAAUUUUAGACCACAAUAUAUUGAAGAAUAUGAAAAAUUAGAAAAUAAAUUGAAAAUAUUAUAUUCAGAGUAUGUUACAAAAUUUAGAACAUUAAGUUACCUUCAAGAACAAAUAUGGGAAUUGGAGAAAGCUGAAAAAGAAAGAAAUUAUAAAGCUGAAUUACAGAUGAGGCAACAAGUUGAAAAAUUAAAAGAAGAAAUUUCACAACCACCAUUGAUUGAUGAAGAUUCAUUAAAUGAGAAGAAAGAAAAAUUAAAUACAUUUGGUAAUAUACUUGGUGCAGGUUUAAGUGAUGAAGAAUCUGAAGAAAGUGAUGAUAUUGAAGCUGAGAAAGAAGAUUAUGAAGAGAAUAAUUUAAGUGAUGCUUCAUCAAUAAGUGAUUCAAGAAUGAAAAUUGGAGAUAUUGAUUCAGAAGAUGCAUUUUAA